GACCAGUAGGAGGCGCCCAAAUACACUCGUCUGUGUUUUAUUAUCACGCUUGCUCGGGUCCUGCUUUACAUGUUAAAGAUGGCCGAGGUUGACAAUGAUGGGGAGCGGAAAACAACAGACAAAGAUGACUUGCAAGUGUUAAAGGAGCUGGUAGAUGAUCUUUACUCCUUCAGGGACCGUUACUUUGAGACGCACAGUGUUGAAGAUGCUGGCAGGAAACAGAAUGAUGUUGCUCGAGAGAUGGCAAAGACACUUAAGAAGCUGGAGGAAAAAGAAGACGUGUACAAACACAGUGCCCAGUUCCUGCUGCUAUGGGGUCGGUGUCUGAAUGUUGCUCCAGGGUUCAGUCAGACUGCAGAGGAGUGUCUGUCCCGGGCUGUUAAACUGGAACCGGGUUUGGUUGAGGGCUGGAACACACUGGGAGAGCAGUACUGGAAAAAAAGAGACCUGACAGCGGCCGAGACCUGCUUCACAGGUGCACUACAGCAGAGUAAGAAUAAAGUGUCUCUGAGAAGCCUGUCUAUGGUGCUGCGACAGCUGCCACCGCAAGAAGACACUCAGGGGCAGAGCAAACGCAUUGUGGAGAGUGUGGAGCUGGCCAGGCAGGCUGUGCAGCUCGACGUCACUGAUGGGACUUCGUGGUAUAUUUUAGGGAACGCAUAUAUCUCCAUGUUUUUCACCAGUGGACAAAACCCACAGCUCUCUCAACAAGCCCUCAGUGCCUAUGCACAGGCUGAGAAAAUCGACAAAGCAUCCUCAAUGAAUCCUGACCUCCACUUUAACAGAGCUACGUUGUUCCAGUAUGAAGAGAUGUACAGUUCAGCUCUGGAUGGAUUCAGCCGUGCUGCAGCUCUGGAUCCUGGCUGGGAAGAUGCUCGGGAGAGAGAAAAACAGCUGCUGGAUUACCUAGACCAGCUUACAGUGUUAAUAGAGAAUAAGGGGAAAGUAAAAGCUCGGCGUCUUCGUAACAUGCUCUCCUCACUCAGCUCCUCCACUUUGGGCCCGUGCUCCUCCCCUCAGUUCCGAUCUCCCUCCGGCCGCAUAGGGAGCCUUGAACCCCGCAGCUUAUCUGCUCUCACUCACGGCCACAACGGCGGGGUGGCAGCGCUAGGAAAAGUGGUCUUCAGUCUGGCCUCAGAGGGCCGUAUGGCCUUCACAUUUGGCAUGGUGGACAGUGAAGAGGCCUGUUGUGUAGUAAUGGUGUAUAAUACAGCAGACAGCUGGGGUGUUUUAAUAGGGGAUACUGUAGUCAUUCCUGAACCACAGGUUAAACGGCACAGCGUAACACAUAAAGAUAAGUCAUAUGACUUCCGAAGUAUACGUGUGGACUCUCCCUUGCUCCUGAUAGUCAAUGGGAAAAGACAGGUGAUGAAAAGCCAAAGUGCAGCCUUUGUUACUUACAAACCUCAAAGUGAAUGAAAACUCAGAAAGAACUCAGAGAAAACUGAGAGCAAUGAGGGUAGUUUUUCCAUUUUGUAUAUAUUUAGUUCUGUGAGGACAGGAAAACUCUGUACAUAUUUUGUCAAAUCAUUUCCCUUUUUUAAUUUUCCUCUUGUUGAUAUGCAUCAUUGUUAAGAUUGUGCUGCGGUCUGUCUCAUAUUUGGGUUGUGAAAAUAAAAAAAGGAAUCCCA